AUGGAGGCAGUUGUACAGGGUGAUCAUAUGUUCGUGAGCCCACUGGACACGCGUUACCUUCGCACCUCUUCCGAAAUUGCCACCCAUUUGUCUGAAUAUGCGCUGUUCCGCAACCGCAUCAUCGUUGAAGUGUCGUGGUUGCGGUUUUUGGUAAAUGAGGGGGUUACGCCGGUGUCUAGUUUGGACGAAUCCUCGGAGUCCUUCCUAUCCGAAAUCUGCCGCUUUGAGCCUAUUGAGAUGGAAUCUAUUCGCCAAAUAGACAGGAAGGUCAACCAUGAUGUGAAAGCCACUGAAUAUUACAUUAGAGUUGGUGCCACCCUGCUAUUUACAUCACUGCUGCAGGAAAAAAUGAAGGCAAGCGGGAUUCCACAGUUAGAGUCGCUGGAGCACUGGAUACAUAUGUUUUGCACAAGCGAGGAUAUAAAUAGCCCCGCCUAUUCCAUGGGUAUUCGCGACUGCAUGGAGCAGGUGAUUAAGCCGACAUUGUUGCGCAUAAUCGAUGCCCUAUGCUCGUUCUCCGUUGAGAAUGCCGGUAAAGCAAUGUUAUCGCGAACUCAUGGCCAGCCCGCAUCGCCCACUACAAUAGGCAAGGAGAUUGCGGUGUAUGUGCAUCGCUUGUCACGCCAAUACAAGAAAUACCUAACGGAGGUGGAUUAUAUGGCAAAGUUUGGUGGUGCAGUUGGCAAUUUGAAUGCUCACAAAUUUGCCUUUCCGCAAAUGAACUGGCAGGAGCUGGCCAAGCGUUUCAUAGAGAAGGAGCUGCACCUGGUAUAUCAAGAGUACUCCACACAGAUUGAGUGCCACGACUUUAUUUCGGAGUUGUCCGACAACCUGUCCCGAAUCAAUACAAUUCUUAAGGACCUAUGUGUAGACAUGUGGUUGUACAUCUCCAACGACCUCAUUAAACUGAAGGGAGUCCAGGGUGAGGUUGGGAGCAGCACUAUGCCACACAAGAUAAACCCGAUUGACUGGGAGAAUGCAGAAGGCAAUCUCGGCAUCGCGAAUUCGCUUUUCCAUUUCUUCAGUUCCAAGUUGCCGACUAGCCGCAUGCAACGCGACCUAUCAGAUUCAACGGUUUUGCGCAACAUAGGUGUGGCAUUUUCUCAUACGUACUUGGCAUAUCAGAGCAUCAUAAAGGCCCUGUCACGGAUCGCCACAAAUGAAGCCCGUGCUCUUAAAGAGUUGGAUGAUCAUUGGGUGGUUUUAUCGGAACCGCUGCAGAUACAUCUCCGGUUGUCCGGCGUGUCUUCUGGCUAUGAAGAGGUGCUUAAUCGUACCCGCACUGGGUGCGUGUCUAAGGAUGAGAUGAAGCAGAUCCUCGCUGAUUUUGCCGACGGAGAUGCACGCCUGGAAUCAUUAACCCCGUCUACAUACAUCGGCUAUGCUGAAUCUUUAGCUUUGGGGAUUAAGGACCGUUGUGCACAGCUUUGA